AUGGAUGCGUCAAAUAGAAUUGCGGCCGAGUCCGGCUCAUCUUGUGGCCUAACUCAAAUCGAGAAAGCCGCCAGAGGGAGGGAAAUUACUGGUCUCGACAUUUUUCGUCCUACUACGGAUACGAUGACGGCGGAUAGGGUACAAACGCUGAUGGGUAUCAUGAAGGCCGAUCAACCAACGGGAGGCGAGGAUUUGAAUUACGGCCCAGGUGAUGCUCAGAAGUUACGUUACUGGAAGGGUAAAUCCCCCGACGCACCAAUCAUUGUCUUUAUCCACGGUGGCAGCUGGAGGGUAGGUUCAUAUCUGGACUCUAUCGGAUCCACCAAAGUCGGUCACUUCCUGGAGAAGGGCUAUGCGUAUGCUACCAUAAACUACACGCUUCACCCUACUGUGACCGUGGGAGAACAGGUGCAGGAGGUGGCUAAUUUCCUGGGAUAUUUGACCAAGAAUGCAGCCAGGCUGGAAUUUGACCACAGACGCAUUAUUCUGAUGGGGCAUAGCUCUGGUGCACAUACUGUCACGUUGCUGGGCACAGAUACAAGUUAUCUGGACCGGGCUGGAGUGGCAAUCCAUAACAUCCGAGCAGUCAUAUCCUUGGACGGUUCCAACUAUAACGCUAUGGCGGAAGUCCUGGACAGCCCGGGCCCGGUAGCUGAAAGCAUGAUAGCAGGACUUGGUAGCGACCCAGACGUACUACGCGCUAUGUCCCCGACUUACAAUGCCCGGGCGCCGAACGCGAAUGCCUUCCUUCUACUUCAUGCUGAGAGACAAGGCGACAUUCGCCAGGCAGAGGAAUUCAAAGUGGUAUUGAAUGCGGCAGGUACCAGUGUCAAUCUUCAUGUAUUUGAAGGCGAGUCAUUUGAGGGCCAUAUUCAAAUGCUUCUCCGCCUCGGAGACAAGGAAUAUCCUGCCACUGCGGUUUUGGAUAAUUGGCUCCAGAUCCAUGUCCCAGUGUCUGCGUAA